AAUAAAGGUAGGAAGGCAGUUAAUAUUAAUUUUCUCAUGUAAUAAACAUUCAUUAUAUUUACCUCUCAUUUUAAGAUAGCAUUAUUGGUUAUUAUUAAUAAAAGUUGACUAAUUUUUAAGUUGUCUAGUAAAACAUUAUUUGAGGUUAUGUAUGUUAACAAAUUUGCUAUUUGCUGAUGUUCACUUACAUUUAUACAAAAGUAUUAACUCAUGUUUUUGGUAGGAAUUUGUGAUUUUACAAUUGCGGUUAACACUGCGUUACACACAUUAAAAUUUUACCUAUGGUUACACGCAAUGUAUCUACCAGAUACAUAUAUUAAUAAACAUCACAUGUAUCUUUAAAAAGUACAAUUAUUUUAUGAGUAUCUUGUACAUAAUAGUAAACAAAUGUUUGAGUCGACUUGCGAGUUAAGAAAAUUAAUUUACUCAUUUGUUUACAUGGUAAUCAUUACACACUUUAGUUAUAUAAGUUUUACAAACACUUAUACCGUUUCACUUUUUUGUUGCGGUAUUUACUCAGAUAUUCGUUCAAAAGCUUUAUUCACUUAUUCGUCUUGUCCCAUAUAUGUUUCUUUUUGAGUAUAUUAUAUUUAGUUUUAUUCUUGUUCCUGUGCAAUAAUGAAACCUCCCUGGGCAGUUCCACGGUGUCGGACGUAAAAUUUGGAAACAAAUUUGUUGAGUAAUCUUCUUCGUAUUACUAUUCUUUUCCAUGUAUCAUUAAUAUUAAUGCUUGAGUAAAAAAAGAGAGAUUAUAGGGUACAUCCUGACAUGGAAUGGUUCGAAUUUGCUAACAUGCAAGGCAACAAUUUGUUUUUUAUUUUUGGUGUCGGACGUAAAACAGAAAACAAAACAUUUGGCACAUCAGGGGCUAAAGUAACUAAUGUCUGUGAAAAAUGAAAUUAGCUUAUUAAAUUAUGUUAUAAUUUUUUUCAGCUUGCCUGAAUAAUAACAAAGAAUGUGCAUAUAUUAGAUGAAUCAUACUGUUUAGUUAUCAUAAAUGUAUACAUUUUUAAACUUUGGUGUCGGACGUAAAAUGAUGGGGUCGGACGUAAAAUGUAUGACAAAAAAAUACUUGGUUCACAAAGCUUAACUAAAAAUACUAAAGGAACUUAACUUAUUAUCCAGUAUAUGGCUUCGGUGGUUACAUUUAUCACUAUAACUGAUGUUUCUUCUUAAGUGUCACUGUCACAGUCUUUCUCUCUUCUUAUUCUCACUUUCCUUGAGAUACAUUUCUUUCACUGUAUUACCACUAACAAAAAUGCUAACAUUAGGCCUACUCUAUAUGGAUAACAAACUAGGAGCAGGAAAUGUUGGCAAUCACGAAAUGAACAUGAAUUGAAAUUGGUUGAAUCUUAGUUUUCACAUAUUUUGCUAGUGAACUGAAACUGGCCUCUACUCCCAGUCACAAUAGGGGCAUCAAUUUUUUUUACCACAUCACUAAAUAAAUAUGAAAUGCAGUCUUCUUGUGAAGGCCACUUGUAGUAACUACCAGUGUCUGAGAGAUGCAUAACAGAUACAUCAACAUAAUCUGGCCUUAAUUUUUUCACCAGCCCUGGAAACAGUUUGCCAUCAUACUUAACUAUAACCCAGUCGUCUAGAUUCACGUGGUUACAUUUAGUGCUAUUACUCAUGAUGUCUCCUUCACUGUUACUGCCCUCAUCUCUGCUUAUUUUCACUUUCCUAAAUACUUCAUUACUGUCACUGGUACCACCAACUAAAAUGUACUUGUUUCCAACAGGAGUAACGCAGUGAACACUGUGUGUGUUUGCAACUGGCAAUGCUUUGGCCCAUAUCUCAGCUACUGUGUUGUUCUUGCUUCUGUUCUCUUCUGCUGUGAUGUAACACACAGUGAUGUUGGGAUUUCGCUCUGCUGCAAUUCUUGCAAACUUUUCUGGUGUGUUUACAAUGCUUCUACUUGCCUUGACAUGGUUCCAGACACUUCUUUUAAUUGUUCCCCCAAUACCGUCAACAACACCUUUUCCAUGCGAAGUCGCAAAGAAAUGCCAUUUAAGUUUUAUGGUGUGAAUUUCUUCCAGUUUGGCAAGUACUGAAAAAAUAAAACGAUUUUUGAACUGUGACGAAGCACCAUCUGAGAAUAUAUUUACUGUACUAAUAUCUGGGUAGGAAGUUUUCAAAUACGUAAGAAUAUGAUUAAUGUAACAAAAAACUUGUAAUUUGGUGUGUUCAAGAUCAUCAGAUACUAUUACACACCCUUCAGUUAGGUUUUUAUUAAUCCAUGCAUAAAUUGUAAAUAAAGUUGAUUGUCCAUGGCUCCAGUGAGCUGAUUGUAUUUCAUUUUGGUUCACCAGAGAUGCAUUUUCUGCAAAAUCAACUUGAAUCACAAUUUCACUGCCAUUAACAUUUGAUUUAAUGUCUUUGCUUGAAUGCGUUCGAUAUAGGUAUGAACUAAAAAGUCUUUCAACUUGCUUUUCAAAUCUUCAAAUGUUUCUUGCACACUACUCAGUAUCUCCAUCUUCUCUGAAUGUCCAUCAUUGUUUUGCCACUGAGAAUAUUUAAGUGGCUUUCUCAGAUCUUCAUCUUUAGGUGUAUGUUGACUUAUACUGUUAGUACAAGAUUCACAACUGUUGGUCAUACAAUCUUUGGAUGAAGCAUCACACACUAGAGUAGUAAUGAAGGAAUCAAAAUCUGUUGGCAAGUCUGUAAAGUCUUUCAGUGCCAGUAGCAACAAUCUGACAUUCUCAUGAUAGGAACAUACACACACAAAAUGUGGAAUUUGAGAAAAAAGUUUACAGUGUUUAGGACGAAGUGCACAAAAUUUUGCUCGACAAAUUGUAACCUGUGGGUGUUUCUCUACAAAUACCUUAUACGCCUCACCUAGUGACACCAAAAGAUAACGAGCCUGGACUUCACGUUUCACUUUAUUUCCAUCCUUGUCUACAUCUUUGUAUAUUACUCUGUCUUUCUUUCCUGGUGCUUGCCAACUGACAUCAUCAUUCUGAUAAAAUAUAUGAACCCAUUUUCUUAACUUUUCUGAAACUUCAUUUUGUCUGGUUCUUCCUAUUGGAGGAGUUACUUUAAAGCCACAUUGGUUAGCUAGACAUUGCACAACAUGUUGCCUUUUUCGUGGAGACUGUGGCAAAUUACGCUGAAUUUUUUUCAUAGCCUUUCCUAAAGACUGUUUUGUUUUAAAUGGAGUUGAAUACAAAGGUAUGUCACUGUUUUUUUCAAUUGUUGCUGGCUCACCUUUUUUGUUAUGAUACCAACAUUUCACUCUUUCACUUUCCUUUGCACGUAACUUCUUCAGUUCUGUCUCAGACAUACUUUCCUUCUGUUGUUUUCUAUAUUUAGCUUUCCUUAAUCGAUCUUUCUCUAAUAAUUCUGCUCUUUUUACUGGAUCACCACCCUUAAUUCUUGCUCUGCGACGUGCCAUCUUUUCUUUGUUGCUGAUCUUUGCCAUGACCUAAAAAGAAAAGAAAAAUUAAAUAAACUAUAGAAAGAUAAGUAAUGAAGAGAGUGCUUCAGAUAUAUUAUAAAAAGGCGUAGGCCCUUAGGAAGCAAAAAGACUGUAACUGUUAAUUUCAGACAUAACAUUUAUUCCUCAAAUAAGUUCCAUUAAACUUUGGCUUAUUAACUUUUCCCAUGAAAGUAUUAUAAACAUUAAUUUUUAGGUUAGGAGUUACUCUAUAUAAUAUGGGAGUAUUGUAAACAGAUGUGUUUACAGUAUACAUCAUAGUAAACAAAUAACUGCCUACAAUAAUGAACAUAAAUUACUUACACUGCUGUUGGUGUAGCUUUCUUUAUCUGUUGAAGAAUGUAUUUCACUACAAAAAUACUGCAGUUUCAACAAUAGAAAGGACUGUGAAGGCCAGCAUGGGUGACAUGUAAAUAACCAAAAUGCACAAGUGCAGGUGUGACAACUUACAAAACAAAAAUUAUGUUCUACAAAUAUAAAUAAAGAUAUUUACAAUAUAGGCGGUUAAUUACUUCAUAAAAUCACUGAAAAUAUAAUUUGGUAUUAAAUGUAAAUAUUAUUAAAUUUGGUGUCGGACGUAAAAUUAUUUUUACGUCCGACCCCCCAGUUAUAUAAAAAGUUAAUUCAUAGCAAUCUUUUGUUAUGUAUAGAAAGUAAAGAUCAGUACAAACCUACUUUGUAUGUGGGUUGUUAGAAUUAUAUCACUAGCCUUGUGGGCUGUAUAAAACUGAAUACACAUUUUGGUGUCGGACGUAAAACUAAAAAAACACCUGCUUUGAGGGAGGUUUAUAGAACAGUUAUAUGAUUUAGUCUUCUUAAUUAUAGUUUCUACGUGUAGCAUUAGGCCACACAAAUUGAAUGGCUUAGAAACCAAUCUAAUAUAGUAUUAGUAUGUCAUCAAGAUCAGCCAAGAAAGCAAUUUGCGUACAAUUGAAACUACUAAGAGAAUAAUUUUUAUUAGGUUUGUUCAUCAUUAUUAAUUACAUCACAAAGUUAAAGACUAAUCUAAGGCCUAGUUUCUGGUAGAGAAAUAUGUUAGCUUUCCAAUGAUAUAAAACAUUUCUAGGUUAUGUUAAUUUUAAUAUUUGCUACCAUGGUUGACCUUUUCAUGGAACUGCCCCCCUCUUAUGUCUUACUACCCAUUUCAAUUCUUUUUGAUCACACACAGUUUAUCUCGAAAUACAAGUAUUUUUGGAACAAUUUCAUUUACCACACUAGCAUGUAUACAUUAUUGAAAAGUAAAGGAAUACUGAAUUAUUGGUAUAAACAAUUUAGUCUAAAAGAACAAUCGGCUAAAAACUGGGAAAAUACAGUUCAGUCAUCACUAUCAGGUGUUCUGUUUGUUGCACAGUCUGAGCACACAAUUUUUGUAUGUUGCAGACACAACCACUUAUUGCAUUUUAUGCAAUGAUAUUUGGUAAGGCGAGUUUUCUUUGUGGUAAAACAAGGUUCACAUCUUUUCCUCUUCCCAUAUUCUUCUCUGCCUGAUUCGAUCUUCUGUUCAUUUCGCCCUUGUAACCUCAGUUGCAAUGAUGAUGGAAUCCCUCUGGUACUUUGUGUUCGAUGCUCUAUAUGCUCGGCUGUCAAAUCUCGCACUAACUGUUUCAGAAACUGUCUCCUAUAUUUGCUUUAACAUGGUUGUUACAGGACUAGAAAACCGGGAAAACCGGAAAAUGUCAGGGAAAUUAAAAUGGUCAGGGAAUUCCGGGAAAUGUCAGGGAAAAUUCUACGAAAUAUGGAAAUUUUAAAGUUGUGUAUAAUUCAAACAAAGCUUUGUUUUGAUGCGAUCGUACCGCUACCGAACGACUACGCUAAAAGGCUGCUGCUUAAGGCACACGGCAACUGCAACUUUUUUUUUACUUGGUCUACGAUUGUCCGUUGCAAUAGGCUGUUACAACCACCCACCAUUACUUCUGGCCAAUCCAGGCACUCAUUUGUUCACUACCGAAUCCAGGCCUUCAUUUGUUCGUGUUUUGCUCCUUUUUAAUUUGCCGUUGAGACUUUGUAUUAUGUUCCGUUCCAUGCAGUGAACUAAAGAACGGGCAUGGCGUCGUUUAUCUUUUGAAGGCUAUUUUCACGUGGAAUAAGAUGAGUACAAAGCUUAUUACGUGAAUUUAAAGGCGUUGUUUCAGGUGAAGUUAGUUUUUGAUGCGAUCAUAAGAAAAUAAAGUUCAUUUUGAUUAAGAGGCAAUACCAAUUCUCAUUUUGAAAACUACCAAGCUGAUAUGAAAAUACGUGGCUUUUGUGUGCGGUUAUGUUUUUGCAUUUUUUUCUAUCUAUUUUUUUAAAUUACUUUUUUUUUUUCAACCGUAAUAAUCCGUUAGUUCUAUUGCGUGGCACUUACAUUGUGUAUAAAAAAAAUAUGCAUAACAGAACAUGUUUUUCCCCAGAAUCGUUAGUUCACAUUGUAAGAUUCUAAGAGUAUUGUAUGUUGUAAUGCUGCUAUUGUAAUUCACUAAGUAGGCCCGUUAUAUUGCUAGUUGUGAAUUUGUAAUAGUUUUUGUAUUUGUUUAGUUAUUUUUUUUAAGAAUUCAUAAACAAUAAUGUUUUAACCUAACCUGAAAAUAUUAUGUACUUUUUUUUUAGCUUAGAGAUUUCGAAACAAACUACUUUUAAGGAGAAUUGGCUCAAGGAGCCACAGUUUCAGCAUAUCAAACCCUCUGCUUAAAACAUAAAUUCUGCAUACUGCAUUUUCUGCUACAAAAGUAUUCAACUCAGCAAUAUGGGUUGAAGAGCUCUCACCAGCCAUGUCGAAGGAAAAAAACACAUUCACAAUUCUGCCGUCAAAAUAACACAAAAAAAACUUAUUUUACCUCAUGUUGAAAUUUUUAUAUUACAUUUAAUCAUAUGCACGUUAAUAUUCAUAGUAUGUACUUCAAAAGAAAGUCAGGGAAUUUUUCUCUUAAAUUUCUGGAAAACAGGGAAAAGUCAGGGAAUUCUAAGAUUCUAUUUCUGUAGCAACCAUGUUUAAUUUUUGUUGUCCAAAUAUAUAACUUGAGCAUUUACAUCUACAAUAUUCAACAUGUUGUAAAACACUACCAUCAGCCAGCGCCUUGUAUUUCUAGCAACGUUGUAAGUUUCAGUCAUUUCAUCCAAGACAUAGACACCUGAUUUGGUAGCAUUAUAAAACGUUAUGAUUUGUGGUUUCCUAAGGUCACCACACUCUUUAUCAAUUGCUGCAUUAUAAUGAAGGCUUGACAGAAGAACAACUUUUUUUUCCCUUUUUUGGCACAUAUGACACUAAAGUCAUUUCAUUUCGAAAGCCAAAGAUGCUACUUCGUUGCUCUCUAUCUCUAGCAGAAAAAAAUUCAACAGGCAGCUCUCGUUUAUUUUUCCUAAUGGUGCCAACGUAACUAAGCUUAUGUUUUUUCAACUUUUCUACGAGUUCCACACUAGAAAACCAAUUAUCACCAGUUAUAUUUCUACCAGACUACCAUAAAUAUGUUCUGAAAGCCUCAUGACAAUUUCGCUACCACUGUUGCCAUUUUUGAAUGGCCCAUCAGGCUGCUGUCCAACAUACACUUCAAGAUUGCUCGCAUAAUACAUUUUUGCAUCCACCAGAGCAAAAAUUUUGAUCCCAUACUUAGCUGGUUUUGAUGGGAUAUAUUGUUGAAAUCCACAUCGCCCUCUAAAAGCUUCCAGUUUCUCAUCAAUUGUUACAUUUUCUCCAAGAGAAUAGCAUGCCUUACAGUUAACAACAAAUUGUGUAAAAAUAUCACGCACUGCAGCCAAUUUAUCAGUUUUCUUUCUUAGUUCUCUUGUGUCCUUGUCGUCAAAGUGCAUGCAGCGAAUCAAAAAACAGAAUCUAUUGACGGACAUCACAGUACGAAACAUCUCGACACCCAUUCCAUCUGAACUCCACAAAUCUCUUACAUGUAGCUAGUUGUUUCGCAGCAAACCCGCCAGGUAUAGUAAGCCAAUGAAUGCUUUUAUCUCUAUUUUAUUGUUAUUCUUGCAGUCUCUUUCCCGAGAAUAUUUCCCCUUGAUAGAAUCUAUGUACUGGUUUGUAUGUUCAACAAUAAUGUUUAGCAUAGAAUCAUCAAUGAUACAAUACCAAGAAUCCUCUGGUGUUUUGCAGCCUACAGCUUUACCACGAACUCCUGGUAGAUGAACAAGCAAGUUGUGUGAUCUGGUUCUGGUGUUCCUAGCUGGCUCACGAGCACUCCAUUUGGAAUUAUCUUUCCCUGAAAAGAAAGUGCAUGAAAUGGAAAUAAUUAUUAUAACACAUGAAUGAAAAAACAACUAAGAGUGCAACAUUUCUCUAUACUGGAUAGUAAAGCAAUGUAAAAUGGUGAAAUAAUCUACACAAAAAAUGAUAUAUUGCAGCACAUUUAUUCAGUGACAUAAGAAAUAAAAAUAUCAAUAUUCAUUUUUCAAAUUUUAUGUUACUACAGAAAAAAAAAUUACCUGUAUAAAUUGAACUACAGUGCCGUUGUUCUUCAUCAGCGACACUCUCAUCAACUUCACAUUCAUGGUCAGUGACAGAAUUUUCCACUCUUUCUUCAACAAAAUCACUAUCUGAACCAGAGCUACCGCUAAAAUUGUAAUUUUCACUAUCGCUAUCAUCUGCGAACAACAAAUGGUGCACUUCUUCGACGUCUCUUUCUUUAGACAGGUCGAAAAUACAACCAGUUCGCCCCAUUUCAAUUUCUUCACUGAGCUCGCACAACUACAGGCAAUGUAUCUCUCAGAUACAAUACUGCUAUCUACGUGCUGAGAAAAGGAGUAACUUGGGAACCCCUUGACACCAAAAGCAGUAUCGUAUUCUGAUAAGGUACCCAAAAUAUCAGUGUUGUAACACGAGCCAUUUAAAAAUAAACUCAAGAAAACAAAGGCAUGUAUCUGUCAGAUCGAUUGCAUGUGACGCAGGUUUAAGGAUGUGUUACCUUUAAAAGAGUGAUUUUUAUCUGGAUUGCUUAAUCUAUUUCAUAAGAGAAUACAUUUUUUUUGUGCUCUCCUACUCUCAAUCCACUCUGUUCGGGAGUAGGUAUACUCUUUGUUUGGUGAAUAAACUAAACUUUUAAAAAUGUAUCAGGGAGCUGGAUAGUAAAAUAGGGGAAAUUGUAGAUACCGGAAUAUAUUUUGUUAGUUAAUUCACCCUCUUUUGAAAAUUCCUUCUUAUGUCGUGGCUUUUCCGCAAAGUAAAAAUAAAAUUACGAAAAUACCAUCUUCAAACACUAAAGAUGUUCCUGUAUUUGCUCUGCAAGCAGCGUUAAUAAAUAUGUACUAAUUUAUGAGAAAUCUCACUUAACUUGCAUUACUGUACAAUACCUGUGCAUGGACGGUGCUGUCACCAUUGAUUGUUUACCUCUAGAGGUUUCUGUGUUUAUUAUAAUAAAGUAAUUAAUAUGAUGGUAUAUUGCAGUGGUAGGGAAAUUUCAAUGUUUAUAUUUUCUUUUUGUUGGUUGUUUGUACAAAUGUCAUUGAAUUAAAAAAUAAUCUUUCUUUUGUGACAUUUCAUUUAAAGUAGGGUUUAAAUAAUGUAAUAAUGAACGAUUCAUAGGUUUACGGCAGUGAUGUAAAAAAUACGUUUAAAUAUUGAGGAUGGUUAAUUGGGUUAGUAUAGAGACAUAAAAAAUACUGCAAAAUAGGUUAUCAACGUUAAAAAUACUGUGAAAUCAUGUCAACGGUUGGUUAGGUCAGGUUAGCCACAUAUUAAAUUAGUAAUUAAGCAGCCAUAAGAAAUGUUUUUUAGUUAUUUUAAUGUAACUAUACUAACACAACUAACCAUCCACAAUGUUUGAAAGUAUUUUUAAUGUAGCUAACCUACCUAUUCGACCAUUCACAAUAUUUGAAUAAAGUUCAUCAAAACAAACACACUAACCGACACGGGUAAACAAUUAAUUGCAGCGGCUCUGGCAAUGCACAGGUGCUGUGGCAAUGCACAGGUAUUGAAAUGUUAGAUGAAAACUGUGAUUUCUCAGAAAUUAAUAGAACUUUAUUAAUGCUGUUUUCAAGGUAAAUACAGGAACAUCUCUAGUAGGCCUAUUUUAAAAUUUUUUUCUUCUUUUUUUUCUCGUAAUUUUAUUUUAACUUUGCGGAAAAGCAGUGACGUAACAAAUAUAUUUUUUCUGCUUUGUUGUGCAGCUCAGUUGAAUUGAAGCAGUGAGAGAGUACUCAUUUUGUGUAUCCGAAUACACCAAUCCUUUACUUAGCACGAUUAAUGCAUUCUUAAAAAAUUUUGUGUUAUUUGAAAUCACCUAUUCUAUAGCCUUGGUCUCCAUAAAUAGCAAGGCUAAUUUAUGUAAUGUGUUCCAAAAUGUCUAGGGAAAUAUUCAUUAAGUAGAAUAACACUCAACGAUAGAUAUGUCAAACCAUUUAUUUUUAUAAGCCUACCGUAGAAUACUUUGUAUGACAAAUACGACACCGCAUAAUGGGAGAUAGUUAUUGUCAGUCGGCUGGUUGCAUGAUCUUCAACUCACAUCGUGUACCUUCCCGCGAACCUUCUAACCUAUCCUUUACUGUCAGUGAAAUCAAUAUUACUGCCCAGUUAUUUACAUUUUAAUUUUUCAAAAUAAAGUGCUUAUUCUUGUAUCAUCGCUUGGUUCACAUUAGUUCUGUCAGGUCCGUGAUUAUUUUUAUUCCACCAUUCAUUUAACAAUUUUUCCAUGUGAAUCAUCUGUUUAUUUCUGUUUCGGUAUCUAAUGUCAAAUAUACAAAUAUAUUCCCGCUAGUACAACCAACAGCAUUGUCUUGUAUAAACUUUUGAUAGAGUACUCAUUUUGUACGAUUGUGAGCACAGUUGAUUUGCUUAAAACUAAAGUGCAACCAUCACAAGUGUGGCCUUCUUGACAUUCUGCACGCCAUACAUAAUACUUCCAGAUUUGUUUCAAAUACUCGAACACUAUGCAUUAUGCUCUCACUUAGAAGCCGUAAUUCCAAUAAGAUUCUAACUGCAGGUGUUUAUGCACGUAGAGUUAUCAGCAGAUGAAUGGGAGAUGUUGCAUGUGUUUGUGCGAGUUCCCUGUCACUGGCUAGACUGAGUUCAUCAUGACCUAGUCUGUGGCCGGGCGACAACGGUACGGUGGCAUAUAUGCACAGACAUAAAAAAAUUUGGUCCUUUACACUCCAUAGCAGCAACUUGACUUGCCAUCGCUGAUGUUUGUACUACAUCCGAUAGCGUAGUCAGACCUGCACGCGCAUCUUUUCCUUCCUCAUGUGGCUGUCUAUGCCACGAUACAUCUGUUGUUUAUCGAGUUGAAGCAGAUUUUGUGAUGUCAUACCUAACUUUUUUUUGCCUGUGGUGAUUUCGUGCUAACGAAAAUUUACAGACGUGCUAUUCAACCUGGGGCAGUAAAAUUAACAUCACACAAAAAAUUAAUUUGCGUAAUUUGAAGAUGUGCCAAGUGAGGGAUUGGUGUACAGGUUUCGGAAAAAUGUAUUUUUUCAUUUGAAUACUUAACCUACAUCCUUACUAUUUGCAAUUAUUAUCUUGUGUUCAAUAUAUUAAAAUACUAAUUAUUUAUCUCUAGCUAUAUCUAAUAAGCAUGUGGACUCCAAGCAUACUUUUUUUUCAGUCAGUAUUUGGAAGUACUUAACUAUUUAUUUACGUCAAUUUAUUUAUAACUAUUUAUUUACCUCAAUUCAGGCAGUUAGCAAGAAAAUGUCAAGGUCACCAUCACGGAUUUGCUUUAAAAAUUAACAGCAUUUACAACCAGUGGAGACAAAAAGUGUGCUAAAAGGGUUUCAACCCAAAAUUUUUUUUACCCAUUUUAUAGCCUCUUGAAGUUGGUUCAAAAUCAAAAAAGGUGGAAAAAAACCACGUUCUUCAAAUGAGUGGCACUUCAAAACUAUUUAACAGAUUCCAUUGAUUUUUUUGAAGCUAUUAUAUUGAACAGCAGAGUGGUAUAUUUCCAAUUAGCUCCAUCACAAUAUCUUUGAAUGGGGAAAACUCAAAAAUUUGACAAAAAAAUUUUAAUUUAUUUUUGUAUUAUCAAAACAAUUUUUUACAUAGAAUAAUCAAUUUUCAUAAAAAGUAAUUCUGGCAAUAUGUAGACCUAUUACAGUAGUUUUACAGAAAACUAUGAUGCAUAAAAUUAUUAACAUUUAACUUUAAAUUUUGUAAAAUUUGACAAAAGUGCCAUUUUUGAUUGACAAUUACUCAAAAACCCAAUUUCUUAAAAAUCUGAAAAUUGUUAGUUUGUAGGUAGUCCUAACCUUUGUUAAUAGCAUGCACUUUGUUGGAUAGUGUGUUGUUGCAUGUAACCAUUUCUAGAAUAUUUUGAAAAUUUAAAUUUAUUACAUUUUCUAAGGUCUGCAUGCACAAUUAUCAAACAUGUUCUGUUGGUCUCUAAAUAUGAAAUAUAAUUCAUAAAUUGGGUAAACCUUGGGAGUUACGAAUGGAGAGUCCGUGUGUACAUUACAACGUUAACAUAAUAUGUACCUAUAUAUAAUCGAUAUACACACACAUAUAUACUAUAGUCCAUCCACGGUAACCUCCUACUUUUUUAAACGAACCUUUGAAAAAACACACCAGGAUGCAGCAUGUUUGGUUCGUUUGCAAAAAUACUUUCCAUCAUAUGCAUAUUAAACAUGCAUUAACACUAAAUUACCGUAUAAUGAUGUUAAAUAAAAUUUUACAAAAAAAGUAACUAUCUAUGUACAAUAUUAUUAAUAUUAAUGAUCUCGCAUGUGUGUAAAUGAAACAGUGAGAGAAGUGGUGUGUUGGCAAUGAUUAGAACGAAAUAGUUCCAUAGCCAAAAUAUAUAUUUUUUGACUUUCCGCGUGUAUUUAAGAAUUUGUUUGGGUAUUUGUUAAGUUUGAACAUUUUUUAAAUCUCUGGUGAAAUAAAAACGUUAUGUUAACGGUAAAUAAAUAUUACGUGCCGAAACCGUGGUCGCGCAUUAAUAAUGUUAAUAGUCACUUGUUUGUUUUCUCUUUCAGCCGUUUGUCUGCAGUUACGCCAUAUUGCAGUGUGUUUUAAUAUAUUACUGACCGUGAAAUAACGUACAGUUUGUGUUUCAGGAUUUUGUGUUAAUAUUGUGUAUUUUAACUUUGUUAUAUUAUUUAUUAUCUACUAUUGUAAUGAUGGAAUUUGUUAUCGUUUUGAUAUUUUGUGUGGUUCUUGUGAUUGCUGUAAUGGUAAUUGGUUCCGGGAUGGGGAAAGCUACUUCUUCGCAGCGUCAGAUGGACAUCAUUAACGUCGCUCAGAACUUAUAUGUUUUAAUUAGGAAAGGCGACUUGAAGAAAUGUGACGUUACGCAGACGACCGCGUUUCUUCUCAACAUCGCAAAGUCAACUGUUCUCAAGUACUACAAGAAAGACAUUGAAGAAGUUUCAACACCAGGAAAAAAGAGGAAAAAAAGGCCACAGGAAGGAAAGUCACUUGACACAGUCGACGAUUUCACAGUAAAUGCAAUCAGGAAUGCAAUUUACAGGAUGUACGCUGAAGGUUUGAAUGUUACAGUCGACACCAUUUUUAAAGAAAUCAGGGAAAGACAAAUAGAUUAUUAUGGUGGAAGAUCAAGUCUUCAUAAAUUGUUAAAGAAGAUGGGAUUUUCAUGGACAACUGUUGAUGGACGAAAAGCUUUGAUAGAGAAUGAAAACAUAGUAUUGCAGCGAAUAGAUUUCUUGAGAAAGUAUAAAGAAGAAAAAGAAAGAGGUGCCAAUUUCAUAUUUGUUGAUGAAACAUGGAUUUUCCAGAGAGGCAAGGCAUUAAUUUAUUUGAAAAUUUGUUCUGUGGUCCAAUACAAAGUAUUUCAUUUCCAUUUCAUAUAUUUUUCAGGAACUGUAUCAAAGUCAUGGCAGGACAAGAGUCUACAAUCUGCGAAGAGACGUACUGUUGGAGAUGGUAAAAGGUUUAUUGUUGUUAAUGCUGGAGGGCGCACUGGCUUUGUGCCAGGAGCAGGAUUACUUUUUGUUUCAGGUCAGAAGACUGCAGACUACCAUGGCGAGAUGAAUGGGGAAACUUUCUUGAUGUGGUUUGAAGACAUGUUGGUGCAUCUUGAGGAACCCAGUGUCAUCAUAAUGGACAAUGCUUCAUAUCACAGCACCCAGGUUGAGAAAACACCUACAACGAACUGGACCAAGGAGAAGAAUGAGAUAAAACAUGAAAAUAAUUUGUUGAAAGUGGAGCUGCUGAGAAUAGCUAAACAAAACAAGCCCCCAAUACGGUAUAUUAUUUCGUUUUUUUUACAGCAUUUCUUUAAAAGUGAGAUAGUUGCAAAAAAUUACGUAUACGCCUUGUUCUAACACACUUUUCAGAUAUGAGGUAGACGAGUUGGCUCGUAACUAUGGCCACAAAAUUCUACGACUCCCACCCUAUCACUGCCACUAUAAUGCAAUCGAACUUGUUUGGGCUCAAUGUAAACACCAUUACAAUAGUAACGUGGGGCGGGCCAAGAGAUUUGACAAUGAUGCAGUUGCAGCCAUCUGGAAAGAGGCUCUUGAUGCUUCCACACCAGAGAGGUAUUUUCAUGUUGCAUGACCAAUGGGGUAUUCCUUUUGAAGUAGAAAUUGUUUUAUUUUCCUGUAGAACAUUCCUCAAGCUUCAGCAAAACCCUUACCAUACAUUUUUACAUAAUACGUAAGUAUUGUUGCCUAGCAGCCUAGUCCUACCAUUCCUUUUGAUAACUUUGUGUGCUAGUGUGUGUAUAGUGUGAUUAUCAUUUUGUGUAUAUUCAUAUACCAGUAAUACAGUUUUAAAACAAUUGGUAAAAAUAAGUGGUUUGAAUUUGUGUAGUUGUCGUUUUGAAAAUGUGUUGCAUGUAUGUGUUUGUGUUCGUGUUUGUGUUUGUGUUUGUAAUUUUAUUCCCAUGUGAUUCAUACAUAUCUGUGUAGUUUCUAGAUCUAACAGUGGUGACUUAUUUGCAAGGUUUUUUUUUUUUUUGUAAUUGCAGUCCAUUUGCAAUUGUUUCAUUUCCAUAAAUAGUUUUGUAUUUAUUAGUAAUUGUGAUAUUACUUUCUGUUAUGCUUAAUCUUGUGUCAAUGACUUUAAAGUUAUGGUGGGUUCAGUGCUGUAGGCAGAUUUCAAUAUUCAGAUAAAAUUUCAACGUAGAGAAUUUUAAAUAUUUUCAUCUAGCGAACUUGAAUAGGUAUUUACACAUGUAGUUCUUGCACAUUAGUAUUUUCAAAAGUUAUGUUAUUAUAGUGAAAUACAUAUACAGUAAAUCAUCAAAACUAUUCAAAAAAUUAAAUUUUCGCUAUAUCUCACUGUUUUUGUCUGGGACAAAUUUUAACCAAAAACAAACACAAAACUUAUGAAAUAAAUAUUUUAUCAUAUGCAUUCUAAGCCUUUAUUGAUAACAUAGAAAAUAUUUACAGCUUUAUUAUAUCUUGAAUAAACCACUAUAAAUUUUUUUUUUUCAGAUAACAUAAAACAAAACAUGUUACUUCAAGUAUUAAAUAAUAGCUUUGAUAGUUGAGGAAAACACAUUAAAUGAGUUUUGUUGUGUUUAAAAAUAGUUUCUUGUGGAGUGAGUUCAAAAUUGUAUGUAAUAAAGAGCAUGCCAUGCAUUGUUUACUAUGCCGUUUUGACAGAAACAAACAUAUUUUGUUAUAGAGUGGUUUUUGCUAUAAACAGGUCAUUUAUAUAGAGGUUUUACUGUAUACAUUAAUUUUUUUAGAUGGGCGAGGUGUGUGGAUCAUGUGGAGAAGCUAAUUCAAGCAGACUGGGAGAGAGAAGUCCACAUAGACAGCGGCACCAUUCCUCCACUCAUCAUCCACCUCAGCAAGGAUAGUUCAAGUGAAGACAGUGACAGCGAAGAAUUUGAGGUUACGACACAGCAAGUAGAUGGAGACAGUGAAGUACUGGCAGUUCCUCUUGAUGAUUUACCCGGGUGUUCUUAUUGAGGUCUGUAUGUAAUAAACACCUGGGCAACUGUAAGUAUUGGGGUUUGAAACAUUUUUUUUUUCUUUUAUGCAUUCCCAUUAAGUAUGUUGACUACUGGAACUUUAUGUAUUAACUUUAUAUUACACAUAUUAUGAUAAAUUUAUAAUAAAUUUCAUUUCUGGAUUCGUAUAGGUGUAUGUGAAACAUUUUAUUUUGUUGUGUGUCUUCAUUUUUCAGUGAACUUACUUGGAAAACAAAAAGCCAGUCCCCAUCCAGGGCCACAAAUAAAUAAUGCAUAUAAGUGGUAUAGAAAUUACUGUCAAUUCUUUACCACAAUUUUACUGUUCAUAAAAUUAUGAUUUUGUCUAAUAAGUAUACUCAGGAAAAUGUAUAUAACCAUAUUUUUAUUUGUGGCCUUAACCGGCAAAAUGGUAGGGGUUUAUAAAAUAAAAGAAGAAAAUUCAUUUUUAAAUGUUUUCAUCUGAAUUUGUUAAUUUUAUUAAACCUUCAGUCUUUUCCAGAUUGCUUAGAUGGACAGCCAUAUGUAUAAUUUACAAUACUUUUUUUUUUCAGAUGCAGAAAACUGUGUUGAACUGUACUAAAGGAUGAUAUUUAUUGCUUACAUAAAUGUUGUAAAUUUAUAUGUUCUCCUAAAAAUUUACUUUAAAUUAUAUGUUAUUUCUUUAGCUAACAAACUUAUUUUUUAAUAUUUUUACCAUUGGGUAUCAUAAAUGUUAUGAACAUAUACAUGUAUACUUAGAUCAUAUUC